GGGCUGCGGGGUCUCGCGGCGUCCCUACGAGAGCGGCGGCCCCAGAGCGCCCAGGGCGGCGGCGGCUGCAACGAGGAAGAGGAGGGCGGCGCGGAAGCCGGGCGGAGUGUCGUCAGCAGCCGCCUCUCGGUGUGGAGAGGAAGAGAGGCUGUGGCAGCGACGCCGACGUCCUGCGCGUACCCCCCUCUCGGCGGCACCCUUCGGGCCCCCUCCUCCUCCUCCUCCUCCUCGGCGGCGGCGGCGGCGGCCACCAUCUUCCUCUUGCUGCCAGUGGUAGCGCUCGUCCGGCGGAGCUGGGGCUGAAAGACACACAGAAGUCUUCAUGGAUAUAGUUGAUACAUUUAAUCAUUUAAUUCCUACUGAACACUUAGAUGAUGCCCUAUUUCUAGGAUCCAACCUGGAGAAUGAAGUCUGUGAGGAUUUUAGUGCAAGUCAAAAUGUCUUAGAGGACUCGCUGAAGAACAUGCUCAGCGAUAAGGAUCCUAUGCUAGGAUCUGCGAGUAACCAGUUCUGUUUGCCUGUUUUGGAUAGCAAUGAUCCCAAUUUCCAGAUGCCUUGUUCAACAGUUGUUGGUCUUGACGAUAUUAUGGAUGAAGGAGUUGUUAAAGAAAGUGGCAAUGAUGCCAUUGAUGAAGAAGAACUGAUUUUACCUAACAGGAAUUUGAGGGAGAAGGUAGAAGAAAAUUCAGUGAGAUCACCAAGAAAAUCACCUCGUUUAAUGGCACAAGAACAAGUAAGAAGUUUGCGACAAAGCACUAUUGCCAAGCGUUCAAGUACAGCACCUUUAACUAGCACAAAAAAAGCAUCUGGGAAGACUGUGCUUGCUCCUAAAGCAGGGGUGAAACAACCAGAGAAGUGUCCGCUAAAGGAGGAAGUGUGUGCAUCACUGAAACCUGAGCACCAGAAGGAAAACAGAAGGAGCAGCCGACAUACUGCACCAAGUGAAGCCCUGCAGGAAGUGUCAGGAUCUCCAGGUCACUCUUCAGUGUCAGCUUCUCUAGAAGUGAAGGAUGAAGCAGAGUUAGAUUCUAGUCAGGGAGAAACAAAUGUGCCAUCUCAUGAAUUAAAUUGUCCACCUCUUUCAGACACUUGUGUUAAUGUUGAAGAACAGAAAGAUGAAGCUCUGUUGGAAUGUAACAUUAAGAGUGUUAGUAGUCCAUUGUUUAAGUUUUCUGAUAAAGAAGAACAUGAGCAGAAUGAUUCCAUUUCAGAUAAAAUAGAUGAGACCGUUGAAGAAAUGAAGACAAAGGAGGAAGCUGAGCAGCAAUCAGAGGAGACAGUAAAGUCAUCUCAGGAAGAUGACAGACUUACUGAAGAACCGAAAUCUUCCACUGAAAAUUCUGGUGAUGUUGCUUGUACAAAUCCAAAUAAAGCAGAACAGAACCUUGUGGCCUUGUCUGGUUCUGUGGAUGAAGUGACCGAAUGUGAUUUGCAGUUGAAUAGUACCAUAGAUGAAGCUGCAAACUCUAUAGAAAGAAAGAAAAUGGAACCUUUGGGUUACUGUGAAGAUACAGAGUCUAAGCAGUUACAGAUCACUGAGUUCAAUAAAUCAGAUUUAGAGAUGAUUGAUACUGGUGCUUUUGAACCGGAGAGUAGUAUUUUAGAAGACACCAUUUGUGAUGUGCCUGACCAAAACUCAAAGCAGUUAAAUAUUAUUGAAAGUGUAAAAGCAGAGUCCCAUGAAACAGCGGAUUUUCAGGAAGAUAGAAAUAGUCAAUCGAAUAGUAGUUCUUGCUUAGAGUCAAAAAACAUGAAGUCCAAACAUACAAAACCUGUGCCUCAUUCUAAGCCAGAUAUGACUACAGAUAUUCCGAAGAAAAUUGUAGCAAAGCACGAAGCCAUGCAAAACAAAACUAAAGUUAAUGUUAAAAGUGUGAAACGAAGUGCUGGUGAGCCAGAAUCACAGCCAAAUUUUCAUAGGCCAGUAAAAGUGAGGAAAAAACAAGUUGGAAAGGAUUCCAAGAGUCAGAGUUGUAAUUCUGGGGUUCAGUCUGUGAAAAACCAAUCUCAGUCUGUGUUGAAAAAAACAUCACAGGAUCAAAAUGUUGUACAAAUUUCUAAACCAUUGACUCAUUCCUCGAGUGAUAAGUUUCAUGGUCACCCCGUUGGCUCUAAAGAACCUCAUCAUCCUGCACCGACUGGACAUGUGUUACAUACCAGCCAGAAACAGUGCCAGAAGCCUCAGCCACAGCCUCCAGCUGUGAGAACCAAUAGUCACGGAAAGGAAGAGCUAGAACAUCAAGGCAUGGAGCAUGUUAAGGAGGAAGAAAAGCUGAAACUGAAAAAGCCUGAGAAGAAUCUACAGCCCCGCCAAAGGAGAAGCAGUAAAAGUUUUUCUUUGGAUGAACCACCAUUAUUUAUUCCAGAUAACAUAGCUACCGUAAAAAGAGAAGGCUCCGAGCAUAGCUCUUCAAUUGAAAACAAAUAUAUGUGGACUCCCAGCAAGCAGUGUGGGUUUUGCAAAAAACCACAUGGCAACAGGUUUAUGGUUGGCUGUGGGAGAUGUGAUGACUGGUUUCAUGGUGAUUGUGUUGGGUUAAGUCUGACUCAAGCACAACAAAUGGGAGAGGAAGACAAAGAAUAUGUGUGUGUAAAAUGUUGCGCUGAAGAAGAUAAAAAGACUGAAAUACUAGAUCCGGAUGAUUUGGAAACUCAGACUAUGGUUGAAAUCCAUAGUGAGGAUAAAAGAAUGGAAUGUGAAAAACUUGGAUAUUCAAAGCACACAACAGCAAAUGACAAAAGCAAAUGUAUAGAUGAUACAGUAAAGCACAAGGUCAAGAUUUUAAAACGGGAGUCUGGUGAAGGCAAAAAUACAUCAGACUGUCGAGAUUCUGAAAUUAAAAAAUGGCAAUUAACUCCUCUUCGAAAGAUGGGACAGCCAGUUUUACCUCGAAGAUCAUCAGAAGAAAAAAAUGAAAAAAUAACAAAAGAGUCUACCACUGUUAUAUGCACAGGAGAAAAAACUUCAAAACCAGGUACUCAUGAGAAGCAAGAGGUAAAGAAGAAGAAAGCUGAAAAAGGAGUGGCUAAUGUGCAUCCCCCUGCUGCCUCCACCUCUAAGCCUUCUGCGGAUCAGAUCCGACAAAGCGUCAGACAUUCUCUCAAAGACAUUCUUAUGAAAAGGCUUACAGACUCAAGUUUGAAGAUACCAGAGGAAAAGGCAGUAAAAGUUGCCACAAAAAUUGAAAAAGAGCUGUUCUCCUUUUUUCGGGACACAGAUGCUAAAUAUAAGAACAAAUAUAGAAGUUUGAUGUUCAAUCUGAAAGAUCCUAAAAACAAAAUAUUAUUUAAAAAAGUGUUGAAGGGAGAAGUAACCCCUGAUCAUCUUAUAAGAAUGAAUCCAGAAGAACUAGCAUCUAAAGAAUUAGCUGCUUGGAGACGAAGAGAAAACAGACAUACCAUAGAGAUGAUUGAAAAAGAGCAGAGAGAAGUAGAACGACGGCCGAUCACAAAAAUAACUCAUAAAGGAGAAAUAGAAAUUGAGAGUGAUGCCCCAAUGAAAGAACAGGAAGCAGCAAUGGAGAUUCAGGAACCCACAGCCAGUAAGACGUUGGAGAAGCCAGAAGGAUCUGAAAAACAAAAAGAGGAUAUUGACUCCAUGUCUAAAGACACCACUAGCCAACAUAGACAACAUCUUUUUGAUCUUAACUGCAAAAUUUGUAUAGGUCGAAUGGCACCUCCUGUAGAUGAUCUUUCUCCAAAAAAAGUGAAAGUUGUUGUUGGAGUAGCUCGUAAGCAUUCAGACAAUGAGGCAGAAAGUAUAGCAGAUGCAUUGUCUUCAACUUCAAGUAUUUUGGCAUCUGAAUUCUUUGAAGAGGAAAAACAGGAAUCUCCAAAGUCAACAUUCUCUCCUGCUCCACGUCCAGAGAUGCCUGGGACCGUUGAAGUUGAGUCUACUUUCUUGGCGCGGUUGAACUUCAUCUGGAAAGGUUUUAUCAACAUGCCUUCUGUGGCAAAAUUUGUCACCAAAGCCUACCCAGUAUCUGGCUCUCCUGAAUACUUGACAGAGGAUUUGCCAGAUAGUAUUCAAGUAGGUGGCAGAAUAUCACCUCAGACAGUCUGGGAUUAUGUGGAAAAAAUCAAAGCAUCAGGAACCAAGGAAAUUUGUGUGGUUCGGUUCACGCCAGUAACAGAAGAAGAUCAAAUUUCUUACACUUUGCUUUUUGCAUACUUCAGUAGUCGAAAGCGCUAUGGAGUAGCUGCCAACAAUAUGAAGCAGGUUAAAGAUAUGUAUCUGAUUCCUUUGGGUGCUACAGAUAAAAUUCCACACCCUCUUGUGCCUUUUGAUGGACCAGGACUUGAACUUCAUAGACCUAAUCUGUUAUUGGGCUUGAUUAUUCGUCAGAAACUGAAGAGACCACAUAGUGCCGGCACUACUGGUCAUCCAGUUGAGACUCCUGAAAGUGUCCCCAUGGCAUUGCCACCUGAUAAAAAAAGUAGAAUAGAAAUUUCUACUGAGGAAAGACCAGAUGAGGAAAAUGGCUUUUUUAAUUCGUUUACAGCUGUAUUACACAAACAGAGAAAUAAGCCUCAACAGACUCCUCAGGAUGAUCUUCCAACAACAGUUGAACCUCUAAUGGAAAUCACCAAGCAGGAGCCACCAAAACCGUUAAGAUUCCUUCCUGGGGUAUUGAUUGGUUGGGAAAAUCAACCUUCUUCUACUCUGGAAUUAGCAAAUAAACCUCUUCCUGUGGAUGAUAUCCUUCAAAGCCUUUUGGGCACUACUGGUCAAGUAUAUGAGCAGACUCAGUCAGGGACAGAGCAAAAUACUCUUCAAGAAAUUCCAUUUAUAAAUGAGCAGACCACCUUGAAAGAAGAGAAGGCAGAGAAAACAGAAGUGGCCAAUGGUGAAGUCAAAGAAGUAAAAAUUAAAGGCUAUAAUCUUUCAGAAUCCACAGGUAAUACAGAAGUAGCUGGGGAAGAAACAGCAGUGGUUGGAUCUUCUUCCAUUUCUCCAGGGCCUAUUACGGGUCUUAGUCUAAGAGGUAAACCACCAGAUGUUUCUACAGAAGCAUUCUUAACAAAUUUAUCGAUUCAGUCUAAGCAGGAGGAACCAGUAGAGAGUCAAGAGAAAACAUUAAAAGGACAUCCACCUCAAGAUCAAGAGACUACUUCACAAGACAAUCGGACUUCAAAUACUGAUUCUCCAAGUACAUCUAAUGUAGGGAAAGGAAAUACAGAUAGUAUUGGGAGUUGCAGUGAUAGUCUUGCUGGUAAUACAACAAGGUCCCCACAAUUCAUCAAUCUAAAAAGGGAUCCUAGGCAAGCAGCAGGACGAAGCCAGCAGGUAACUGCUGCAGAAAACAAAGAUGCAGAUAGCUGCCGGAAUGGAGAGAAGCAUGCUCUGCCUGGUCUGUCUCACAACAAGGAGCACUUAACAGAACAAACCAAUGUAGAGGAAAAAUUGUCUUCUGCAGAGAAAAGCACAGGUGUUCAGCAGAGUGAUGAUUCAAAGGUUGAAAACUCACCAUCUGCUGACAGCAUACACGCUUCCCAAACUGAACAGACAAAACCCUUACAAGAGGAUACUUUAAUGCAAAAUAUUGAAAGUGUGCACCCAUUUCGAAGAGGAUCAUCUGCAGGACCAUCUCAUUUUGAAGUUGGAAACACAGCUCCGUCUGAGUUUCCUCCUAAAAGCAUCAACUUUACUUCCAGAAGCACCAGUCCCAGAACAAGUGCAAACUUCUCACCUAUGAGGCCACAGCAGCCCAACCUUCAGCAUCUCAAGUCUAGCCCUCCUGGAUUUCCGUUUCCUGGGCCUCCUAAUUUCCCCCCACAAAGCAUGUUUGGAUUUCCACCACAUUUGCCACCUCCCUUACUUCCCCCGCCAGGCUUUGGCUUUACUCAAAACCCAAUGGGUCCCUGGCCCCCUGUUCAUGCCCCAGGCCAACCGCAACGCAUGGUGGGUCCCCCUCCGCAAGCAUCAAGGUAUAUAAACCCACAAAAUUUUUACCAAGGUAAAGACAUCCGGAGACCAGAAAGGCGCCAUAGUGACCCCUGGGGUAGGCCAGACCAACAACAACUGGAUAGGCCAUUUAACAGGGGCAAAGGGGACCGCCAGAGAUUCUACAGUGACUCACACCACUUGAAAAGAGAACGACAUGAAAAGGAAUGGGAGCAGGAGUCUGAAAGACACAGACGCAGAGACAGAAGCCAAGACAAGGACAGAGACAGAAAAAGCAGGGAGGAAGGGCACAAAGAUAAAGACAGGGCACGGCUACCACAUGGUGAUAGAGGAGCUGAUGGAAAAGCAGGCAGAGAUGGUAGGAAUGGGGACAGGAAACCAGAAAAACCUAAAAAUGAGGACUAUGACAAGGACAAAAGUAAACAUAGUUCUGGAGAGAAGGACAGAGAUAGGUAUCACAGAGAGAGAGACCACACUGACAGAGCUAAAAGCAAAAGGUAAAAUUUUCAGGCUGGCUCAAGAUUACAUUUAAAUUACUGUUAAAUGUUUUUUGUUUUUUCCCCCCUGAAAAAUAAGAGAUUGCCUGCUGGAAUUGUGCCAUCUUUAACACUUUUACCGUUGCUGGUUUGCAGAACAAUAAAUCCUGUGUGUUGGUACAGACAGCUCUGUACCAAUGCUCAUCGUCCCUCGUUCAUACUGACCAUACCUAGUUAUAGGAAUUUAAUAUUUUUUAAAGUUUUACAUUGCUGUAUAUUAAAAAAUCUGUUUUAUUAUGCAAUAAAGGCUUAGAAAAUUUAGUUUUAUUCUUUAAUUAGUAAAUAUUGCUAACUAUGGAAUAUAUUUACUGCCUCUAGUGAAUGUCCUUUAUAUGAUGACUAAUUUGGGAGUAAUGUGUGCUCUGUACUUUCGUUUGGAAUUGCACUGUUUUUAAAGAAACUGUAGAGCAACAAGAAGCCAAGUGACUUCAUAAUCAGAUUAUAGUAAUCAUUAGUUGAACAGAUUUUGACCAAGAAUCAGAAGCCCAAGGAGUAUGUUUCUUGCUUUAUCUGCACCCAUGGAAGGCAUUUAUUACCAUAUUCUACAGCGUUGUGGUAGGCCAUUAUUUUCCUUUUCAUUUUUGGCUCUUCAGAAACUUGGAUACUUAAGCUUGUAUAUGGUCCUGUGUUUUGCUAUCCUUUUUACUGUAAAAUGUAAAUAUUUUAAGGGAUAUUUUGAUUCUAAAUAUGAUAAAAGAAUUUCUCACCUA